AGGCUGGACCGGGAGGAGAUUUGCGGGGCAUCGCCGACCUGCUCCGUCAGCUUCGAGGUGCUCUUGCACAACCCGCUGAAUAUUUUCCACGUCGAGGUGGCCAUCGAGGACGUGAAUGACCACUCCCCAGUUUUCAGCAAAACUGCUCUGGACCUCGAGAUCGGUGAAUUAAUCCCUCCCGGUGCUCGUUUUCCUUUGGAAAUGGCACGAGAUGCAGACGCAGGAAGUAAUUCGCUGCUGACUUACCAACUCACGAGCGACUCGUCCUUCUCACUGUCAGUGAAAGAAAAGACUGGUGGAAAAAAGCUGCCGGAAUUAGUGCUGGAGGGACCGCUGGACCGAGAGAAGCAGAGCUCUUUUGAGCUCGUGCUGACAGCAGUGGACAGCGGGGAACCUACGAUGUCUGGGACAGUCCUGAUUCGCAUCAACGUGACAGACGCAAAUGACAACCCACCCGUGUUUAGCAAAAGCGUCUACGAGGCGCGAGUGGCAGAGAAUCUGCCGGCGGGUUCUCUGGUGCUGCGGGUGUGGGCGACGGAUGCAGAUGUGGGCUCAAACGGACGACUGUCGUAUUCCUUUGGCAACGUCCCAGAUGACGUGCUAUCAUUGUUCGCUAUCGACAGCGAGAGUGGAGAGAUCAGGACGGUGGGUCCACUCGACUUUGAGGAGGAAAAUAAAUACAUUUUUGGCUUGGAGGCGACGGACGGUGGCGGGAACGGUCAGGUGUCGUGCGAGCUGUCGGGAGAGGCGCCGCUGUCGAUCGUGGCGUCGUCGGGCGGCUCGUACAAGGUGGUGACGGCGAGCGCGCUGGACCGCGAGCAGGCGUCCGAGCACCGCGUGACGGUGGUGGCCCGGGACCGGGGCAGGCCGGCGCUGUGGAGCAGCACGGAGCUGGUGCUGGAGGUGUCGGACGUGAACGACAACGCGCCGGUGUUCGAGGAGGCGGCGUACAGCGCGUACGUGGCGGAGAACAACGCGGCGGGCGCGCUGGUGCUGCGCGUGCAGGCGCGGGACGCGGACGCGGGCGCCAACGGGCGCGUGAGCUACUGGCUGGCGGGCGGCAGCGCGGGCGCGGCGGGCGCGGCGCCGCUCGUGUCGGUGGAGGCGCGGAGCGGCGCGCUGUACGCGCAGCGCUCCCUGGACUACGAGCAGUGCCGCGAGUUCACGGUGGCCGUGCGGGCGCAGGACGGCGGCUCGCCGGCGCGCAGCUCCACGGCCACGGUGCGCGUCUUCGUGCUGGACCGCAACGACAACGCGCCCCGGGUGCUGUGGCCGGCAGCGGCGGGAGGCGGAGCCGCUGCGGCGCCGGGAGAGGCUCCGGGAGCGGCGGCGACUCCUUUCGAGGUGGUUCCGCGUUCGGCCGAGGCCGGGUACCUGGUGGCCAAGGUGGUGGCGGUGGACGCGGACGCGGGGCGCAACGCGUGGCUGUCCUACGAGCUGGUGCCGGCGUCGGAGCCGGCGCUGUUCCGCGUGGGGCUGCACAGCGGCGAGGUGCGCACGGCGCGCGCCGUGUCCGAGCGGGACGCGGCCAAGCAGCGCGUGGUGGCCGUGGUGAAGGACCACGGGCAGCCGGCGCUCUCGGCCACGGCCACGCUGCACGUGGUGCUGGCCGAGAGCUUGCAGGAGGCGCUGCCGGAGCUGAGCGAGCGGCCGGCGGGCGCCGAGGCGGCGGCGGCGGCCGAGCUGCAGUUCUACCUGGUGCUGGCGCUGGCGCUGCUGUCGGCGCUCUUGGUGCUGAGCGUGGCGCUGGCCGUGCUGGCGCGGCUGCGCCGGGCCGGGCCGCCCGCCGUGCUGCGCUGCCUGGGCGCGCAGCGCUUCUCGCUGGCCGGCGCCGCCUUCCCGGCCGACUUCUGCGAGGGCACCUUGCCCUACUCCUACAACCUGUGCGUGGCGGCGCCGGCCCGCGCCGUGCCCGAGGCCGCUUGGCCGCCGCCGCCGGUGCCCAUCCUGUCGGCGGAGGAGCUGCUGGGCGGCGAUUCCUGCGAGAAGCCGAGCCCGAACGGCAGCGCUAUCGGGGGAGAAGUGUCUGCCAAUCCCGACCUACCGCAGGUCUGUAAAACC